AUGUCUGACGACAAGAUGGACAUUCCCGUCUCCUACGGCAAGCUCCAGGAGCUUGAGGAUGACUUUGAGGAAGUCGAGGUUGAACUCCUCCGCCAGCAGGCCAAGCUCUCCGCCGGCCUCUACGAGAAGCGCGCCAAGGUCAUCGCCGACAUCCCCAACUUCUGGCCUCUCGUCCUCGAGCAGUCGCCCCCCGAGCUCGACGAGUGCGUGCAGCCCACCGACUCGGCCGUGCUCCUCAACUCGCUCGUCGGCGUCUCCGUCGAGCGCUUCGAGCUGCCCGCCGGCGGCGACCCGCGAAGCGUCGCCAUCACCCUCACCUUCUCCGACAACGAGUACUUCUCCAACAGCUCGCUGACCAAGAAGUUUUGGUGGCGCUACGCCAAGGACGGCUGGUCCGGGCUGGUCUCGGAGCCGGUGCCCAUCGCCUGGAAGUCGGCCGAGAAGGAUCUGACGGGCGGCAUGCUGGACCUGGCGUGCCGCUUGCGCGAGGCGGAGCGCAAGCAGGGCAAGAAGCUCGAGGAUGAUCAGGAACCCAAGAAGGCGCUGCUGGCCAAGAUGGAGGCGACGGGCCUGGGCGGCGUCUCGUUCUUCGCGUGGUUCGGGUACCGCGGCCGCGACGUGAGCGAGGAGGAGUCCAAGGAGGCCUUCAAGGAGGAGCUGGCCAAGCGUGAGAAGCGCAAGGCCGGCGAGGAUGUCCCCGAGGACGACGAGGACGACGAGGAGGAUGACUUUGACGAGUACGAGACGGAGAUCUUCCCCACCGGCGACGACGUGGCCAUCUGCAUCGCCGAGGAUGUCUGGCCCAACGCCAUCAAGUACUUUAUCACCGCCAUGGAGCACGACGCCCUCUCAGACGUCGACUUUGAGGAGUCGGACGAGGAGAUGGAGGAGGCCGACGAUGAGCACGCCAACAAGAAGCGCAAGGCUUAA